AUGUCCCCUAAACUGGCUCAUUCACAUCAGGUCAUAGUUCCAGAGUUGUGCCAGCAGAUGGUGUUCAAGUCCUUUGACAGCCCAAUCCAUCCACACAGCACCGCCGGGAAUCCUUCACCGCUCAGAAAUGUGAACGAGGGUCUGUCCACGGUGGUCGCGCUGGGAGCGAGCAUCAUCUGCAACAAAAUCCCCGGCUUGGCCCCCCGUCAGAGGACUAUCUGCCAGAGCCGACCCGACGCCAUCAUCGUGAUCGGGGAGGGAGUUCAGAUGGGGAUCAAUGAGUGUCAGUUUCAGUUCAGGCACGGACGCUGGAACUGCUCGGCCCUCGGAGAGAGAACCGUGUUCGGGAAAGAGCUCAAAGUGGGCAGCAAGGAGGCUGCGUUCACCUACGCUAUCAUAGCUGCCGGGGUCGCCCAUGCAGUCACGGCGGCCUGCACCCAGGGGAGCCUGAGCGGCUGCGGCUGCGACAAGGACAAGCAGGGUUUCUACAACCAGGACGAGGGCUGGAAGUGGGGCGGCUGCUCGGCGGACAUCCACUACGGCCUGGGUUUCUCUAAGGUGUUUGUGGACGCGCGGGAGAUCAAGCAGAACGCCAGGACUCUCAUGAAUUUACACAACAAUGAAGUGGGACGCAAGGUCCUGGAGAAGGGCAUGCGUCUGGAGUGCAAGUGUCACGGCGUCUCCGGAUCCUGCACCACCAAGACGUGCUGGACGACGCUCCCCAAGUUCCGUCAGCUGGGAUACAUCCUCAAAGACAAGUACAACCAGGCCAUUCACGUGGAACCAGUGCGAGCCAGCCGCAACAAGCGCCCCACCUUCCUGAAGAUCAAAAAGCCCCACUCCUACCGCAAGCCCAUGGACACGGAGCUGGUCUACAUCGAGAGGUCGCCCAACUACUGCGAGGCCGACCCCCUGACCGGCAGCAUGGGGACGCAGGGACGUCUGUGCAACAAAACGGCUCAGCAGCCCAACAGCUGCGACCUGAUGUGCUGCGGUCGGGGAUAUAACACGCACCAGUACUCGCGCGUUUGGCAGUGCAAUUGCAAGUUCCUGUGGUGCUGCUACGUCAAGUGCAACACCUGCAGCGAGAGGACAGAGGUGUAUACCUGUAAAUAGAGAUAUUUAUUGGACCGUUCUUUAGACGCACGGCAAGACUGGACUGUGUCUGCACGAGCGCGUCGUUAAUGUGAUUCACGACGAGGGUUUUUCUCUGUGGCUGUGGAGGGAGCGCCUCACUGAGUUGGCAUGACAGCAAUCAUAACUGCAUCAUCCAAUUUGUGUUGAUUAUAAUGAUGCCAAUGGACAUCUGACUAGACACUGGACUCCACCUGUAGGCUCAUAAAUGUUAUUUUUUACGUUUCAAGUCGAGCGCCAUUUAUUUGCCGCAUGCUUAACUUCUUUGCGGGACAUACUGGUCUACUGGCAUAACUCACCUCACACCGUAAUAGUUUUUUUUUUUUUUUUUGUAGACUAAUAAUUUAUUGAAUGAAAAAACUACUGAUCGUUUUGAAAAGUCACUGUCAAUUCAUUAAUCUGGUAAAGUGGUAAGUUGGUCAAGAUGCCUGGUUUUCAAAUCAAGUGCACUUAAAAGCUUAAAGGACUUAGUUUUUUUUUUCUUUUUUCUUUUUUUUAAGACAAUUUAAACACUGGAGCUGAAAACUGAAACAGAACUGAACAGGAGUGAAUGGCACAUUAUAGACCCUGCAGCUCUUUUGCGUUAAGCCCAGCAGAAGAACAUUAAACUACUGAUCCUGGGCUUGGUAUGAUAGUAUUGUUUUCUUCUUGUUUCUGUCCCACUCCCCCCUCCAGUUUGCUGCUAGUUGUCUGGAAAGUUCUGGAGUUUGUGAACCCGAGCAGCCAUAUUGACUCUUCAAGCUAUCCGCCAGGAGCAAACGCAAGCUUCCAGACAUAAAUUGCCCUUAAUGUUGGCUGAUAGAAUAUAUUUUGUAAGAGAUUAUUUUUAUAUAAAUAUUUUUUUUAAUUUAUUUUCUAUCACUGUGUAAGAUAUUUUCCCUUUAGCAUUUCUAGCGGUGAGGUUACUGAGUUUAGCGAAAGGAAACGACCCAUUGAAGCACUGGUUUAAAGAAAAAAAGUGUCUUUUUUUUUUUUUUCCUCAGCAAAAUAUCAUAAUGUUACACUGAAUUGUGCGUUAUCGUUCAGGAAAACUCUUGUAGAGAGCCGAAGUCCUAAUGUCACCUCGACGCUAUCUGCUGUUCCAUUAGCUUCUAUGAGUCCGCGCUACCUCUGGUAGAAAUGUUUUUCCAUCUGUCAAAUAAAACAUGUUUUUGGAGUUUAA